UCUGUGUCUGUGAAUUGAGAGGCGUGUCUAUAAAGUUUUUUCAAAAUCGCAGUGCUGCAGCAAUGGCGGCUCCCAUGUCCUGGAGGAGGCUGGUGUACUCCGUGUACUCACCGGCCAUAGCUGGGGUUUUUACCCGGAUAUCUGACCGGGUGUUCCGUGCACGGGACCGGCGAGGAGGGUCCUCCGUGCUCCUUCUUGCCCCUCUUCUGGCUGAAACCGACCCAGCCCCUCAUCGCGUCUCCAGGCCCACUGGCUCAGCCGGAGCCCAGCGAACAGAAGGUCUUUGCAGCCACUUCCGAUGGAUGGCAGAGCAUGUACCAGCCUUCCAGGUGCCAGGCUCCCACGUCCACAUUCUGACGUCACCUGACCAAUUCUACCAGGCAAUGAAGGCUCGCAUCAAGACUGCACAGAGGCGGGUGGUGAUGGCCUCCCUCUAUCUGGGAACCGGUCAGCUGGAGCAGGAGCUGGUGGACUGUAUGGAGGAAGCCCUCCAACGUUCCCAGGACAACAGCCAGUCUCCAGACCUGAAAGUAUCCAUAUUGCUUGACUACACGCGCGGAUCACGAGGAAAGAUUAACUCAAGGACCAUGCUGCUGCCUCUGCUGCAGCGCUUCACAUCUCAGAUGAGGGUAUCGCUGUACCACACUCCAGAUUUGAGGGGGCUGCUGCGGCUGCUGGUCCCCCAGCGCUUCAACGAGACCAUCGGAGUCCAGCACAUCAAAGUCUACCUGUUUGACGACAGCAUCAUCAUCAGUGGGGCCAACCUGAGCGACUCGUACUUCACCAACAGACAGGACCGGUACGUGCUGCUGGAGAACUGCAGGGAGGUAGCCGACUUCUUCUGCGACCUGGUGGAGGCCGUGGGAGACGUCUCCCUGCAGCUCCAGCCCGACGACUCGGUCACCAUGCUCGAGGGCAUGGUGCACCCGUACAAAGGCAACCGGCAAGACUUCUCGGCAGUGGCGAGGAAGCGGAUUAUGGAGGUUGUAAACUCGGCCCAUAUUAGGCAGCGGCUUCUGAACCAGUCGGAGGACUCUGAGGAUGAGGGGAUGAGCGAGGCGGAGGAGGACACCUGGGUGUUCCCCCUGGUGCAGAUGAAACCUCUUGGCAUCAGAGUGGACGAGCAGGUCACACAGCGUCUGCUGACCGAUGCCGGAUCCGAGUCUACUGUGUUUCUCACAUCGGGUUACUUCAAUCUGACCCGGGCGUACAUGCGGCUGGUGCUCAAGGCUGGAGCCAGUUACCGUAUCCUCACCGCCUCCCCCGAGGUCAACGGGUUCUUUGGGGCCAAGGGCGUCGCUGGAGCGAUCCCUGCAGCGUACACUCACAUCGCCAGGCAGUUUUACAAACAGGUGUGCCAGGGGGGCCAGCAGGAGAGGGUACACCUGCAUGAGUACCACCGACCACAGUGGACCUUCCACGCCAAAGGUCUGUGGUAUUACCUCCAGGGGCAGGAUCGGCCUUGCCUCACUCUAAUUGGCUCCCCUAAUUUCGGUUACCGCUCGGUUCACCGUGACCUGGAGGCCCAGAUUGCCAUAGUAACGGAGAAUGAGGAGCUGCAGAGCCAGCUGCAGGAGGAGCAGGAGAUGUUGUACCGGCGCUCCACUGAAGUGUCCACCUCUACGUUCGAGCGGCCCGACCGCCACGUUAAACUGUGGGUGAAACUGGUCACGCCACUCAUCAAGAACUUCUUCUGAGAUUCAGGAGAAUCAGGCAGGCUGUUUUCCACACUCGUCCUUUCUCGACAUGUUGCACGAAGAAGGAUAAAGAUAUGCUUCAGAUCCGUUCACACAGCUGAAAACACUCAGUUUUCACAGAUUAGGCUGCUGACGGGUUAAAGACCACAUCGGGCUUUGUGUCCUCACGUGCACCUAUGACGUGUAGGUCCAACGACUCUGCAUGUGUGAAAACUGUGCUGUCAGUCAUUUGUUGAAAGCUGUUUGUCUAGCCUCAUGGUUUAUAGGCCAUGAUAUGCGACUUCAAUCAACAGGAAAUCUGUGAUGAUUUAUUUUAUGUUUGCAUUUCUCAUUAUCAUUAUUAUUAAAGGUGAAGCACGUGCUGAGCAGUGCUGCUGGCAUAUGUGAAGCUCCUGUGUCAGAACCUUUGUUCUUUAAUGGGAUCACACAGCUCUGUUCCCGGAGCAAAGCAGCCUCAGUGACCCCAGCUACACAUUGACCUUCAGGUCCAGAAAACCAGAUUUAUCAUAUUUACUUAUUUGAAAAGUAAAUGUUCAUCCCAGAAUCUAAAAGCUGAAAUAUAAAAAUGCUGUUUUUUAAAAUGUUUUCUUUAAAAUAAAUUAUGGGUUUUAAAUUUUUUUUUUUUUUUCCCCCUUUUCUUUGACUUUCAGGCAGACAAUAAAUAACCUGUUUAGAUCAGUUUGUUUGUGCUCGCUCCUGUUUUGUAUCCAUCUGGCAUUGUGAUCUGUGUACUUGUACUGCUUGUCUCCUCCUCUUUUUCCUGACAGAGGAAAAAACAAAACGCAGCCCUCCAACAAUGGCUUUGCCGGUUAAAAAGGAUAAAAAGUUCUUAUCAGCAGCGCAGGCUGUCUAUUGUUGGAAACUAGUGACAACAGGCUGGAGCCUCUCCAAACUACACGGGGUUAAAACGCAGCUGAUGUCCUCACAGCAUCACCCACUCUAAACCAGAAGGACUCCUCUGCCCUCUAGUGGUGAAACUGAGAUUUCCUCAAUGCAGUGAACUGGCCCCACCGUGACCUUUUUAAAGCUAUCUGUAGUGGAGCUGCAAGACAUUUUCCAAGUUAAUUUGAUUUAGUCAGAGAAAUAUGACACAAAAACAACCAGAAAUAUGACCUUUAAAGCUAAGGAAAUGUAAACCAUCAAAAUCAGUUUGAACCUGAACUUCUGCCAGGUAAUCGUCUUAACAAGCUGGUGUGAUUAAAUGAAUUUAAGAUUU